AGGUACUUCAAAUAGAAGAGAGAGAGAGCGAGAGCGAGAGAGAGAGAGAGAAAAUAUGUGUCAAGCUCCAAAAAAGCUAAGGUAAUGUUAUGUGAUGUGCUUUUGAAAGGAAUAGAGAGCUUCAAGAGGGCACACAUAUACAGCAACAAUUUUAAUUAAUUACUUCAUCUUAUUAUAAAUACCUUGGGAUUUUCAAGAGAAACUCUUCAAAAAAUCAUCUUUUCUUUUUCAUCUUUAAUUCUUUUCACACAAACAUAUAUAUAGAUAUCCCCAGAUACAGAAAACAGGUAUAUUAAGUAUAUAUAACAUCAUACAUAUGGACUCUGCUAAUAUGCAUCAGCUUCGUCAAGAUCAGUUACAACUUGUGGGGUCUUCUUCUUCUUCUUCCUCCUUAGAUAAUAAUUCUGACCCUUCUUGCUAUGUAGCUUCCUCUGCCCAUCAAUGGAACCCAGGAGGUAUUUCAUUGAAUAGUGAGAGAUUGAGUCAAAAAUAUAACAUUGAGAUGUUAAACAGAAGAGAUCAUAACAACAGCAACAACAACAACACAAGUGAAUGUAUGAGUCUCUCUAACAUCCACAAUCACUCCUUGAUCCAACAACAAGACUUUCCUUUACAAUGGCCUCAUGACCAAUCUUCUUAUCAUCAUCAUGAAGGGCUUCACAAGAUCAAAGAAGAGCUUUCCUCAUCAACUACCUCAGACCAUCAAGAAGGCUUGCCUAAGUUCACAGACAUGUUAAACAGUCCAGUGAUCACAAACUAUUUGAAAAUCAAUGAACACAAGGACUACACAGAAAAGCUUCUUCUCAAUACUAUAUCUUCUGGGUUCCCCAUCAAUGGAGAUUAUACCAGCAGCCUCCCCUCUUCGUCUUCCUCAUCUUCUUCUUCUUUGCCUGCGUCUCAGUCUCAUAGAGGCAGUUUCAGUCAGAUUUACCCAAGCGUGAACAUAUCGAGCUUGAGCGAGUCACGGGGGAUGAGCAUGGACAUGAGCAACAUCCCAAGACCAUUUGAUAUGAACAUGCAAGUUUUAGAUGGAAGGUUGCUUGAAGGGAAUGUCUUAGUUCCUCCUUUAAAUUCUCAAGAGAUUAGUAAUUUUGGGAUGAGUAGAGGAAGCUUUUCUCCUUUUGGCCUCCCUUUUCAUCAUCAUCUGCAGCAAACACUUCACCACCCUUCUUCUUCCCCUACUCAUCAAACGGAAAUGUUCAGCAAUGAACCUCAAGCAAGUGAAGGGAAGAGGCAAAACUUCUUGAUGGCAACAAAGGCAGGAGAAAAUGCUUCCAAGAAACCGCGCGUGGAAUCACGCUCCUCUUGCCCACCCUUCAAGGUGAGGAAAGAGAAGUUAGGAGACAGAAUAGCAGCUCUGCAGCAGUUGGUUUCACCCUUUGGGAAGACAGAUACAGCAUCUGUAUUAAUGGAGGCAAUUGGAUACAUCAAUUUUCUACAGAACCAGAUUGAGACUCUAAGCGUUCCCUACAUGAGAGCAUCUAGGAAUCGACCAGGAAAAGCCUCCCAACUGGGCUCACUACCACAAGAAGGGGAUGAGGAAGAGACGAGGGAUCUAAGAAGCCGUGGGCUAUGUCUCGUGCCAUUAUCAUGCAUGACUUAUGUUACCGGAGAUGGUGGAGAUGGAGGAUGCGGUGUUGGUAAUGGCUUUUGGCCAACGCCACCUGGUUUUGGUGGCGGAACUUAGCCGUGUCUACCUAACAAACCGUAGGACUAUUGAGUAUAUUUACCGGAUUUGGAGGUAGACAAGGGGAAGAAACUAAUGUUGAAGGUGGAUAAUUAGUUUUUUAAUCUCAUUUGGUUUUGGUUUAUUUGAAAGCUUCCGUUUUGAUAGUGGAGCAAAGUUGGUCGUCCUGAUUAAAAAGUAAGAUGUAAUUCCAGGAUAGACCAGCUUUGAUCCAUUUAUGAUUAGUAAUGAGAUUUGAUAAUAUGUUUUUACUUACAUAAAGGGUCUUGA